AUGGAAGAAUCACAACAAGAACCACAAGAACGUGGAAAAGGUUUACGUGAUAGUAAUGGUCUAUUCAGCAAAUUCACAGUGGAGAGAAGAAUCCUACCUACUCUCAAUCAAAUGCAUGGGAGCACCAAAACUUUUCAGCACUACUCAAACAGAAUGAAGAUUCUGAAAACAAAGUAUCUAGCUGCUGCUGAACUUCUUCGUUUUAGUUCUGGGUUCGGAUGGGAUGCAACUACAAAACGGUUUACGGCUCCAGAUGAAGUGUGGACUGAAUAUAUAAAGGCACAUCCAAACUACAAAAAAUUUCGUGAUGAGACUUUUGAAGAAUUUGAUGAUCUCAAAGUUAUAUUUGAAAGGAAUUUAGCAACUGGCAGAAGCGCGAUUGGAUUGGGUGAUACAACUGAUGCUCGAACAACUGAAACUGCCGAAGCAGAAAAGGAACAACCAAAUAAUGGUGAAGAAUUUUCUUUUAAUGUUCAAGAAAAUUAUGAAUCACAAUCAUCCUUUUUAGGCAGCCCUUCAAAUGAUACUGUGGAAAAGCUCCCACUACGAAAGAGACAAAAAACUAAUUCUCUUCAUAAAGCUGAUGAUCCAUCCAUUCAAAAAGAAGGUGUAGAAGAAGCUACCUCUGAGAUUAACGCUUUGACAACGAUCACUCAGAAACUUUUCAAUUUAAUAGAAGAAAGGGAAUCAAGACAAAAGCAAGAAGCUGAACAAAGAGAAGCAGAAAAAAAAAAGAAUAACUUAUGGGAAGCAAUCAAAGAAGUUUCUGAUUUGGAGGACCAUGUACGUCAUGAUGCAGUUAAAAUAAUUCAUCAAUAA